AUGGCGGCAACCACCACAUCCCUCUCCUCCUCGACCUUUGCCGGCAAGGCGGUGAAGAAUGUACCAUCGUCAGCUCUCUUCGACGAGGCCCGCAUGACCAUGCGCAAAACUGCAGCGAAGGCUAAGCAGGUUUCCUCUGGCAGCCCAUGGUAUGGUGGUGACCGGGUGCUCUACCUCGGCCCACUCUCUGGUGAGCCCCCGAACUACCUGACCGGUGAGUUCCCCGGUGACUACGGAUGGGACACCGCUAGGCUUUCAGCUGACCCGAGACCUUCGCCAAGAACCGGGAGCUCGAAGUGA